AUGUCCCGGCAUCUCUUCCAUUCCGCGGUGCUGCUUCUCGACGUGUUAUGCGGCAGUGGGGCUGCACACACUGUGCAGACGAAGACUGACGUUGAUCCAUUCACAGGGAUCGGAUGGACAUCCUCUCAAUGGGAAGCCCCUACAAAAGUUAAUGAAAAAUUAUUCUCGCUCCGCGUUCCCAGCCUUGUUGAGGUGAACAAUAACGUGUUCUUCGUUGCUGAAGCGCUGUGCAAGGAAAAAGGAGAAAGCUGCAGCCGUACUGGGAUUGCGUCAAGGCACCUCGAUCUAACUGAUGAUAAGCCAACGGAGAUAUUGACGGAGGACGCAAGUUUGGUGGUGCAGUUUCCAGAGGGUGUUGCGACGGGUACCGUCGAGGCAAAGGACACAAUGCGGCCAACGACAGUUGUUUCUGGCGACAAUGUCUACAUGCUUCUGAGAAAUCAGAGCGUUACACCGUCGGUGGGUAAAUUGGCUACUGCACGUGACUGGGGGCUUUUGCUGGUAAAGGGAAGCGUCAGUAGUGGCAAUGUAAUCACGUGGAAUGAGACUCAUGCGGUGACGUUUGGAAACGAUGAAUAUGCUGCUAAAUUCCUGACCCAGUUGGUUUCUGGCGGAGGAUCGGGGAUUAAGACGAAGGACGGUACACUUAUGUUUCCCCUGCAGGCCACAGAGAAAGGAAACACUUCAUUGCUGUCCAUGCGCUUUGAUAAGUCAGAGAAUAAAUGGAAGCUUUCGCACCAAACGGAUGUUGAUGGCUGCAGGGACCCGACCAUCGUGGAGUGGGGAGAAGAAGACAGACUCCUCAUGAUGGCUUCUUGUGAGCGAGGUUACCGUGACGUGUACGGAUCCACUGUGAGUGGGCGGAGUUGGUUUCCAUAUGGUGAGACACUCGCUCGCGUGUGGGGCGACGCACACAAUCGAAAGGGGCACGGUGUCCAGAAUGGCUUCAUCAAAGUGACAAUUGAGGACAAGAAUGUGAUGCUCGUCACCCUGCCAGUGUAUUCCAAGGACAACAGAGAAAGCAAUAAAGAAAAGGGUCGGCUCCACCUUUGGCUGACGGACAAGGCACGUGUGUAUGAUGUUGGGCCGAUAUCCCGUGAGGCUGAUGACGCUGCCGCGAGCUCCCUUUUGAUGAGGAGUGGGAAUGAAAAGUUGAUCUCAGUGUACGAAAACAAGAAGGGUGAUGACGGGUCAUACACUCUUGUCGCCGUGAGCCUGGGGAAGCAGCUGGAGCGGAUCAAAUCCACGGUGAAGAAAUGGAAGGAUUUGGACAGCGCCUUGCAUUCAUGCCGUUCCGGUUCCAGCGCCACUUUCGACUUGCCAACGAAGGGUAUGUGCAAUGGUCCUGUUCCCACUGAUGGGCUUGUUGGCUUCUUGUCUGGUAACUUCUCUGAGAACACAUGGAGUGACGAGUACCUCUGCGUGAAUGCAACUGUGAAGAAUGGGGAGAGAAGGGUUCCCAAUGGAUUGACGUUCCAAGGGUCUGGGGCAGGGGCGGUGUGGCCUGUUGGUGACAUGGGGCAGACUGUUCCUUACUACUUUGCUAACAACAAGUUCACUCUUGUGGCGACGGUGUCUAUCCACGAGGUGCCGAGGGAAGACAGCAGCCCCAUUCCUUUGGUGGGUGUGAGGAUGAAUGACACCAGCAGCACGGUGCUCUUUGGUCUGUCGUACACCCACGAAAAGAAGUGGAAGUUCACACUUCCCAACGGAACUUAUGGAGCUUACGAGGAUGAUGAACACUAUGAAUAUUACGAAGGUAAGUAUAAUUGGCAACCAAACAAAACAUAUCAAGUAAUGCUGCAAAUGGAUGCCAAGGAGUGGGAUGUGUACGUUGACAGAAUGCGGGUUUAUUCUGGGGAAUACGACUGGAAUCUGUUUAAAGAUCACAGGGUCUCGCACUUCUAUUUUGGCGCGGAGAAUAAGGAGGGUUCGGAAAACAGCCACGUGACGGUGACCAACGUCCUGCUGCACAACCGCAUAAUCUAUGGACGUGAAAUUGCGAAACUCAGAGCCAGCAAACUCUCUAUUCCAAACCCUGGUGAGGAGUUCCUCACUGAGAAAGAGGAGGAAACACCAUCAUCACCUGAAGAGGAGGAAGCAGAGCAGGAAGUUGAGGAGGCGCUUCCACGGCCAAAAUCAUCCGUGGAAGCUUCUGAAGGCAGUUAUGCUGCCGCAGUUUCUUCUGGGGGCCGUGGCUUUCACGGAACAAGGGAGGAGGAGACGGAGACGGAUGGCAACAGUGGAUCGGCGUCUCCACCGGCCCCAUCGAGUGUGAGCACUGCCUCUCAUUCGGGCGACGAAGGGAUGAGUGUCCGUGAAGGCACCUCUCUGCAGGAAGAAGUGCCACCACCUUUUGGGACCGAAGACAUUCCGAAGGCCGACGUGGAGCGACCGAUCUACGAAGAAGAAGCGACCUCUCCGGAAUGGGCCACUGAGCGGCAGACGCAAGAAACCAAUGCGCCUUUGGUUGAAAAUGGAGACGGUGAGGACGUUGGCACCGCACCGGGUAAUGCAAGCAUCCUGCCUGGGGAGACCAAGAUACCAUCGGAGUCCAACGCAACACCGCUCUCGGACCAUGGCAUUUUGCCUGAGCACGGGCAUUUGAGCGACUUGUCGGGCAUGGCUCUAUUUGCUGAGAGCACCGUGCAUGGGUGUGUGUCUCGGGUGCUGUUGCUGCUGCUUCUGGGGCUGUGGGGCACUGCGGCUCUUUGUUGA